CCACGCAUUACACAAUGCACAGACGAAUGGGUGUAGAGUCCUUCAUGGGGAUAGGUGGUGGAGCGGUGUCUCGAGAGUCAAAUGAAGCCUUGGAAAUGGCCGAAGAGUUGAUUUACCAGGGUCAAACCGAGCGCGCACUCCCGUAUUUACACAGAGCCAUGAACGACCCGAACAACCUUGAUGCCUGUUCCCGAGCCGCAUCCCUGAUGCCAAAGAAAAAGGCCAUCGAAAUUCUUCUAGCCGGCGAGCAGACAGGGCGAGAAGCGCUGAAGCGCAGUUUGGGCCCUACAUGCUUCCAGGACGAUAACGUCGGCCACUUUUGGGGGCUGAUUCAAACACGUCCAUAUAUGCGCCUCUUAGAUGCAUUGGUCGAAACCUAUCUCGAGGACAAGCAGCUGGACAAAGCCAUCGAUGUAAUCGUAGAGAUGCUUCGCCUUUGCCCGACUGAUAACAUCGGUCGGCGCGACUGGCUCGGCUCCCUUCUUCUACGAACAGGUCGACAUGCGGAUGCUUUGUACUUCUCGCAGGUCUGGCUCGAGAGCUCUUCGGGAGACGGAAGUCCGCCCCCUCUGGGCGGCUGCGAUUUUAAGGCCCCUUUUUCUGAACCCUUGUCCGAAGACUCAAUCUCGAAGCUGUCUAGGUGGCCUUCGGACGCUAUGAGCUACUCGGCGGCUCUUUCUGCUUUCAAGUUGUAUGGGGAUUGUCUGCUAGCGAGGCAAUAUCUGCGUAUAGCUGCAAAAUCGAACAAAACGAUUUUGAUCCGGAUACUGGCGAAGAUACCCCAACCGAAGACUCCGAACAGUGGCGCGCGAACGAUGAACGGAACCGAUUCUGCUCACGACUAUCUAUGGCUUGUGCAGAACCUGUGGAUGAAGUCAGAUGUGUGGAACUGGGCGAACAGCGACGAGGAGGCCGUCAAGCUUAUCCUACGAGAAUGCUGUGCUCCCGAUUGUACCAUUGUAGAGACCCUGCCCAAUGAGUUCAAACGUUGCGCGGCAUGCAAGAUGACUUGGUAUUGCGGGACUCCAUGCCAGAGGAAACAUUGGCCUGGGCAUAAGACUUCAUGCAAGGAAUGGAAGCAGCAGCAAGCAAUGAUACAGUCCAUCGUGACCGGACAGCCAAUCCAACGACCCUGACUUAACUUAUACUCUAAGAUUGCUGAAUUCCAGAUGUGCGUACACCACGCAAUCGCUUGUCUCUAUCACAUAUGCC